AUGCUGGAAGUUCACAUUCCGUCUGUGGGGCCCGAGGCCGAGGAGUCCAAGCAGAGCCCAGAGAAGGGCCACAUGGUAUUCCGGGUGGAGGUGCUGUGCCGCGGGCGCAGACACACCGUCCCGAGGCGCUUCAGCGAGUUCCACGCGCUGCACAAGCGGAUGAAGAAAUUGUACAAAGUGCCUGAUUUCCCCUCGAAGCGUCUACCCAACUGGAGGACAAGGGGACUGGAGCAGCGGCGGCAGGGCCUGGAAGCCUACAUUCAGGGCGUACUGUACCUAAACCAGGAUGUACCCAAGGAGCUCCUGGAAUUCCUGAGACUCCGGCAUUUCCCUGCGGACCCCAAGGCCCACAGCUGGGGCGCCCUGGGGGAGUUCCUGCCCAGCAACAGCAGCUCUCAGCUGCGCCACCGGCCUGUCAUCAGCUUCUGUAUGGACCCCUACCUUUACACCCCCUCCUCAGAGCCCCUGCCUAACGUGGUGGUGAACGGUGUGCUCCAGGGCCUCUACAGUUUCAGCAUCAGCCCUGUCCAAGUCCAGCCGGAGGAUGCGUGUCACUCUGCUCCUCUGUCAUCGAUGCCGUGA